AUGUCCACCGCCACCAAACUCCUCCCCCGCCUCAUCCGCCAAACCUUCCUCGCCGCCGAGCAAUCCGAAGGCGCCGGCGCCCGCGUGCGCCGCUCCAUCGGCACGCCCAAGCUGCGCCACUUCUCGCCCCUUCCUCAUGCUCGACCACUUCGCCGUGCCCGGAUGGACCACGAGGACUUCGCCGGCAAUAAGGGACGGCUGGGGCCCGGGGACCUGCAGUUCAUGACCGCGGGGAGGGGCAUCGUGCAUGCGGAGAUGCCCGUCGAGAGGAAGGAUGGGAGGCCGAAUGUCGGGCUGCAGUUGUGGGUGGAUUUGCCGGAGCGGCUGAAGGCGUGUGAGCCGAGGUACAGGGAUUUGAAGGCGGAGGAGGUGCCGGUGGUGGAGGUGGAUGGGGGGAGGGUGAGGGUCAAGGUGAUUAGUGGGCAGAGUCAUGGGGUGGAUUCGGUGAAGGAUUUGGCGUAUACCCCCGUGUGGUUGCUGGAUGUGGAGGUGAAGCCGGGGGGCAGCAUCGUGCAGCCGCUGCCGGAGGGGUGGAAUGCGUUUGCGUAUACCCUGGAGGGGGAGGUGUUGAUUGGGGAGAAGGGGAACCAGCGCACGGUGGGGCAGUAUCAUAAUGUGGUGUUUGAGGGGGAAGGCCAGGCCGUGUACGCGGCAGUGGAUGAGGGGGCCGAGAAGAGCGCGCGGUUUGUCAUUGUCGCGGGCACGCCGCUCGACCAGAAGGUGGUGCAGUACGGGCCGUUCGUGCUGACCAAGCAGGAGGACGUGUACAAGGCGUUUAUGGACUACCAGACGCACUCGAAUGGGUUCGAGAGGGCGGAGGGGUGGGAGAGUGAGAUUGGGAAGAGGAUGGUACUAAGUACAUGCGGUCCCUCAGCGAUUAACUCGGUAGGAAAAACCAUGCCUAAGCUGGAUGAAAACCUCCGCACCUCCGCUGCGGCCUUGCCGCUACCCCGUGGAUCCAUCUCCUCGAAAGGGCUCACCCACCUUCCGAGGUCAAAGUAA